AUGUCAUCGGGCUCGAAACGCACGAAGCACACCUGGACAGCCGCCGAGCGACACGUCAUGCACAUAGCCCAUGAUGAGUUCAAACUACCCUGGGACAGUAUCGCAGCCAUCUUUGGCCACCUGUUCUCCACAAACGAGAACUGGUCUGGCUUGUGCAUGCCAAGCCAAGGUCGAUUGAAGGACGAGUACAACUCGAGAGGCUAUGAUCAGCGUUCGACCAUGUUUGCAAAUGAAUCGUCGAAGAGUGAAGUAUGGCACCUGCCUUAG